AGCCCAAGACUCCUCCUCCGUCACGCCACCACCAUGCCUAUAGUCCGUCGUCAAGCCUGUGUAGGCUAAUGAACGCGCCCUCCCCUGCGCCUAGUAGCCUAACUGACGUAGCAGAGGCUACGGUCGACACGGUGGUAGUGAAGUCACAGUGCUGAAACAAACCGUAGCUUACGCUGAAGCCACCCUCGCCAUCAUCCGUGGACAUGUCGGCAUCCAACGAAUGCAGGUAUAAAUAUGAGGAGUGCAAGGAUACAGCUGACUGGCUGCUGUCACGGAUACCACAGAGGCCCACGGUAGCCAUCAUCUGUGGCUCAGGCCUGGGAGGGCUAGCUGACCUAUUGGAGAACAGACAUAUCUUUCCUUACCAGGACAUCCCCAACUUCCCCAAAAGCACAGUGCAAGGACACGCAGGUCAGCUUGUCUUUGGGGAGCUGAGAGGGAAGCAGUGUGUCUGCAUGCAGGGUCGCUUCCACUUCUAUGAGGGUUACAACAUCACCACGGUAACCUACCCAGUGCGAGUGUUCUUCCUGCUGGGGGUGGAGAUUCUAAUUGUGACCAAUGCUGCUGGUGGGCUGAAUCCUGAGUUCAGCGUGGGGGACAUUAUGAUGAUUAAAGACCACAUAAACAUGCCCGGGUUUGCAGGCCAGAACCCACUAUGUGGACCCAAUGAUGAGCGCUUCGGCGUGCGCUUCCCCUGCAUGUCGGAUGCGUACGACAAGGACCUCGCCCACCUGGCGCAGGAGGCGGCCGAGGAGCAGGGCUGCACCUCCUACAUCCGGCACGGCGUCUACUGCAUGCUGACGGGGCCCACCUUCGAGACCAUCGCGGAGUGCCGGGUGCUGCAGAUGCUGGGCGCCGACGCCGUGGGAAUGAGCACUGUCCCGGAGGUGGUGGUUGCCCGCCAUUGCGGCCUACGCGUCUUUGGCCUGUCGCUCAUCACAAACAAAGUUGUCACCGACUACGACAGCAAGGAGCGGGCCAACCACGAGGAGGUCCUAGAGACCACCCGUAUGCGCACUGAGGACCUUCAAAGGCUGGUCAGCCACUUAGUGGGGAAACUGUAGCCCUUUUGGAGUCAGUCAAUCACCUCCUAGUUCACUAUGAAUGAAUGAAUGUAUGUAACAAUAUAAAAGUAUAUGAAGCAGAAAA